CACUGGGAGAUGGUUGUGUAACAGCGUGUAUGGGAUACAUUCUACCAGGCAGGAGAAAAGAAGGCUGAGGUGUAGCAACAUGGCAGACUCUGGAUACAAUGUAUCACAGAUGGAGGUUUUAAUGGAGGAGAUGCUGUCUGGCUCCAUAGAGGCUGAUGAAUAUUUUUGCAUGGUGCUCUCUUUAUUGGGAAGACACAGGACUUACACUCAGCUCCCAGAGAUGGUAAAAGGACUGAGAGAGCAGAACCCCCCUCUCUAUUCACAAUUAAUCCACAUUCACUCUGAAUACUUUCAAGAGGAACCCCUGGAUUCCGAAACUUUGGAUUGUGAUAUUGACUUGGAACUUGCGAUAGCGCUGUCUCUCCAGGAAAACUCUUCUAGGGAACAAAUUAAUGGGGUGUUAACAUCCAUACCAACUCAGCGAUAUCAAAGAGAAAUUAUGGAUCCCAAAAUUUCUUAUUCAGAAGCUCUCAAAAAAUCAUCUGUUGAAAGUCAAAAUAUUGAGAAACCUUUAUUAACCAGUGAUGUAAUCCUAAAAGAUAAUUUGGGCACAAGACUUACUCCAGAGAGACUUCAGAUAAAUGAGGAGAAGAGAAAUGAACCAGACCACUCAUAUUCUGGUCAACCUGAGCCAGAAGAUUGCGUCCUUCCUCUAAAUGAUAAUGGGAAUCUAUUCAAUAUGGAGUCUUUAGUUUUCAAUUCAAGUAAAGCGAAAAAGAGUAGGAGAGGCCGUAAGAAGAAAAACUCGGCUAUAUUAAAGAGUCCCGGUACCAUGAGACCAGUACUUGUUUGGUUCCGGAGAGACUUGCGUCUGCAUGACAAUCCAGCACUUAUUGCCACUUUAGAACAUGGAGUACCAGUAAUUCCAGUGUUCUUAUGGAGCUUGUCUGAAGAAUCUGGUCAGAACUUCACUCUGGCCAGUGGCGGAGCGACCAAAUACUGGCUUCACCAUGCUUUACUCCUACUCGAUGAGACUUUGAAGAAUCGGUUUGGCAGCCAACUUAUUUGUAGGGUGACUGAAUCUUGUGUCCAUGAGUUGGCAACUCUUGUAAAGGAGACUGGGGCGGCUACGGUUAUAGUGAAUUCUGUGUACGAACCUUGGCUAAAGGAAAGAGACGAUCAUAUAGAAGAGACCUUAAAGAAGCAAAGGGUGGUGUUUAAAAAGUGUCAUUCAUACUGUCUGUAUGAACCCUAUUCAGUUAGUACCGAAGGAGUUGGGCUAAGAGGUAUUGGUUCAGUGACUCACUUUAUGGCUUGUUGUAAAAGGAACCCACCUGGUCCAAUAGGAAUUCCCGUAGAAGCCCCGACUUGUCUGCCUGUACCAUCCUGUUGGCCUGGUUCAGUGGACAUUGACAAGCUGAACCUUGCCAGGAUGCCACGUAGAAAAGAUGGCACAGUGAUUGACUGGGCAGCCACAAUCCGGACUACCUGGGACUUUAGCGAAGACGGUGCUUUCAGGUGUUUAGGGAACUUUCUUGAAGAUGGAGUAAAACACUACGAGAAGGAAUCUGGUCGUGCAGACAAACCUUACACAAGCCAUAUUUCUCCAUAUCUUCACUUCGGUCAAAUUAGUCCUCGCACUGUGUUACAUGAAGCUCACUUCACUAAAAAGAACGUACCAAAAUUUCUGCGGAAGCUUGCAUGGCGUGACCUCGCUUAUUGGCUGCUAGUCCUGUUUCCUGAAAUACCCACCGAACCAGUCAGACCUGCAUAUAAGAGUCAACGUUGGUGCAGUAACCAGAUACACUUAGAAGCCUGGCAGAAGGGGAAGACCGGUUAUCCUCUGGUGGAUGCCGCUAUGAGAGAGCUGUGGUUAACUGGUUGGAUGAGUAACUACUCAAGGCACGUGGUGGCAUCCUUCCUGGUUGCUUACCUGCAUAUUCACUGGGUGCACGGCUACAGAUGGUUCCAGGAUACCCUUGUGGAUGCAGAUGUUGCCAUCAAUGCCAUGAUGUGGCAGAAUGGGGGCAUGUCCGGACUUGACCACUGGAAUUUUGUGAUGCACCCUGUUGAUGCUGCCCUGACCUGUGACCCAUAUGGAACCUAUACAAGGAAGUGGUGCCCAGAGCUUGCAGGGUUACCCAAUGACUACAUCCAUAAGCCCUGGAAAUGUCCCCCUGCUCACCUUCGAAGGGCAGGUGUAAUUCUAGGGGAAAACUACCCCCAUCGAUUAGUUAUGGAUUUAGAAGAACGUCGGGAGCAGUCACUGAAAGAUGUUGUUGAAGUUCGGCAGAAACAUGUGGAAUAUAUAGACAAGUUUUCUGGAUGUGACAUGAUACCCAUCCCAGAUCAUCUUCUAGCCUCAACUUUGGGACAUUCGGGUGGAGAAGAUGAAGUCAUCAAGAACCAAACUGAUUGCUUCCUGUUACCUGUUAUCACCCGAAAGGAGUUCAAAUACAAGACUUUGCAGCCCUCUGCAAAGGACAAUCCAUACAACACUGUGCUUAAAGGGUACGUAGGUCGCAAGCGUGAUGAGACCAUUGCUUACAUGAAUGAAAGGCAUUUCACGGCAAGCACCAUUAAUGAGGUGGCUCAGAUGUAUGACAGACGAGAGCGGACUACCAGGCUUUUGGAGGGUCUCCCUCUGCCCAAGGAAAACAAAAACAAGAGCCGUAGAACCACAAAAAGUGACUCCUUCUCAGUUAUCCCACCGGCUUAUUUCCAUCUUUCCAACUGACAGACGUGCCACACUUUUCUUUUAAUCUAAAAGAAUAUUUAUUGUAGGUAAAGUAUUUGAAAAUAACUAAAAUACUAAGUUUUUAACCAUAAAUCUGAUUCUAUUUUUUUCAGUUCAGCUAUAAUUUUACAAAACAUUAACGUGGUUGUGGGAGUUGGUAUUGGAGUUACACAAAAAUAACUGCUCAAAUUCUUUAAAAAUAUCAAUUAUUGCUAUAUAAAGUUUUAGCUCAGGAUGAAGUAGUAAAGAAAAUUAUAAAUCUUCAUUGCCUGUUAUACUAGUUUCUACCACUAGGGAGCAGCACAGAUACUAAAGCUUCUCACAUGUUGCACUUUAUUGAAAACGUUUGUAUAUUUUAUGAGGGGGGUGUAGCAAAGAACACUUAACCCCUUAAGGACAACUUCUGGAAUAAAAGAAGAAUGACUGAAUAUUUCCGUUGUGUCCUUAAGGGGUUAUUGAGAAAUCAAAAGCAUCAAGUGCAGGCCCUGUGCUUUUUGUUAAACAAGGUAUUGACUAAACUCUAAAUAAUGACAAUGUAGGCUAAAAUAGCAAACCACAAAAAUAUCCUGGGCAGCUGGCAGAGUGCAAACAGAGCUCUUUGGACCACCAAGGAAUGAGUGUCCCCUGUCCCUGACACAGGUAAGAGGCAUGGAAUGGGCAGAAUCAUAAGACAAAAAAA